GCAGAACAGAGAGGGAGACGCAAAGAAAGAGAGACAAAGGGGGCAAAGCAAAUGUGAGUGUGUGAGCAACUCUGUGUGUAACAUGCUCUGUCAUGCUGGUGUGACUACUGCUGCCUCUCCAACCGGCGUCGUUGGCUGUCAGGAAAAGGAAUGUUUUCCGGAGGAAUGAGUCCCUGAACCGGUUCACCAUGUGGAUGUGGGACAGUAAUUUCCAAACCUUUGCCGGAAGAAUCCCACGGAAAAAAGAGCAGCGACCGGAGAGCUUAGCUGGUCCUGCUGGGUGGCCGCCUGUGCGCUCGCACUGCUGAGACUCUCUUAAAGACAGAGUUCACACUGGGCUUAAGUCUGCAUCCAGUUCAUAUUUUUUAUCAUCACAUUUAUUGGAAUUUUUAUUUCUCUUCUGGAACUCAAUGGAUUUUAUGGUGCUAUAUAGUUUGAUUUUUAAGAUUUCCUUGUUGGAUAUAAGCUGGCGCUUUUUGUAAUAAUGCCCUAGGACCAAACCAGUGAAGCUGAAAGUUCAGAAAGGGCUCUUUAUUUGAAAACUGAUCUGAAUGGGUGCGUUACAGCAGUGGACUGCAGUAUGGGACACUACAUAUUGUACUGGAGCCUGCAUAUACUGUGGGUCAGUGUCUGUAGAUAGAUAGCCACGUAGCUAGAGGGGAUCAAGGGUGAAAGGUUAACAGGUAGGGGGAUCAGUCCGGGACACAACUUCGGUAUGAAACCUGGGCAGUGUCCAGGUGUUCCCAGUGAUCGGUCCAUGAUGCACCUCAGUCAUUUUCCUUUUAGAAGGCACUCCUGGAUAUGUUUCGAUGUGGACAAUGGCACGUCAUCAGGUCGCAGCCCCCUGGACCCAAUGGCCAGCCCGGGCUCAGGCCUCAUCCUCCAGGCCAAUUUUGUCCACAGCCAACGGAGAGAGUCGUUCCUCUACCGCUCUGACAGUGACUACGACCUCUCACCCAAGUCUAUGUCCCGAAACUCCUCCAUUGCCAGUGACAUUCAUGGUGACGAUAUGAUUGUAACGCCAUUUGCACAGGUUCUUGCCAGCUUGAGAACUGUACGAAACAACUUUGGUGCAUUAACUAAUCUACAGCAAGACAGAGCAUCCAACAAGAGAUCACCCAUGUGUAACCCACCACCCAUCACCAAGACCACCUUCACAGAGGAGGCCUACCAGAAACUGGCCACUGAGACCCUGGAGGAGCUGGACUGGUGUCUGGACCAGCUGGAGACGCUGCAGACAAGACACUCAGUCAGUGAGAUGGCCUCCAACAAGUUCAAGAGGAUGUUGAACAGGGAACUGACUCACCUAUCAGAAAUGAGCCGCUCUGGGAACCAGGUGUCUGAGUUCAUCUCCAGCACCUUCCUGGACAAGCAACAUGAAGUGGAGAUGCCAUCCCCUCAGACACAGAAGGAGAAAGAGAAGAAGAACAAGCCCAUGUCUCAGAUCAGCGGGGUGAAAAAGCUGCAACACUCCUCCAGCCUCACAAACUCCAAUAUCCCUCGCUUUGGAGUCAAGACAGAGACCGAGGAUGAACUCGCAAAGGAGCUGGAGCAUGUGAAUAAAUGGGGCCUUAACGUUUUUAAAAUCUCAGAGUUCUCUGGGAAUCGGCCACUGACAGUCAUGAUGUACACAAUAUUCCAGGAGAGGGACUUAUUAAAAACUUUUAAAAUUCCACUUGACACCUUUAUAACAUACCUGAUGACCUUAGAAGACCAUUAUCAUGGCGAUGUGGCCUACCACAACAACAUUCAUGCUGCUGACGUCACCCAGUCAACUCACGUGCUGCUAUCUACCCCCGCCCUCGAGGCUGUGUUCACAGACCUUGAGAUCUUAGCUGCCAUCUUUGCCAGUGCAAUUCACGAUGUGGACCAUCCUGGAGUCUCCAACCAGUUCCUCAUCAACACCAAUUCAGAGCUAGCGUUGAUGUACAAUGACUCUUCUGUGUUGGAGAACCACCAUCUAGCAGUUGGUUUCAAGCUCCUACAAGAGGAGAACUGUGACAUCUUCCAAAACCUGACCAAAAAACAAAGACAAUCACUGCGAAAGAUGGUCAUUGACAUCGUGCUAGCAACAGACAUGUCGAAGCACAUGAAUCUACUGGCUGAUCUGAAAACUAUGGUAGAAACUAAGAAGGUGACCAGCUCUGGUGUCUUGCUGCUGGAUAACUACUCAGACAGGAUACAGGUUCUCCAGAACAUGGUGCACUGUGCAGACCUGAGCAACCCCACUAAGCCUCUCCAGUUGUACCGGCAGUGGACGGACCGCAUCAUGGAGGAGUUCUUCAGCCAGGGUGACCGAGAGAGGGAGAGGGGCAUGGAGAUCAGCCCCAUGUGUGACAAACACAAUGCCUCAGUAGAAAAGAGCCAGGUUGGUUUCAUAGACUAUAUUGUUCACCCUUUGUGGGAGACGUGGGCUGACCUGGUCCAUCCGGACGCCCAGGACAUACUGGACACAUUGGAAGACAACAGGGAGUGGUACCAAAGCACCAUCCCUCAAAGUCCCUCUCCUGCCCUGGACGAGCCUGAGGAUGGCACUCGACCCCCAGGAGGGGACAAGUUCCAAUUUGAGCUCACCCUGGAGGAGGACGGGGAGUCGGACACUGAGAAAGACAGCGGCAGCCAGCCGGAGGAGGAGGAAGAAGAGGAGGAGGAAGAGGAGGACAACAGCUGUACUGACUCUAAAACACUCUGUACACAGGACUCUGAAUCAACAGAGAUUCCUUUGGACGAACAGGUGGGGGAGGACGAAGAGGAGGAGGUAGCAGAAGAGGGGGAGACACCCUGCUCACAACCAUGUGUGGUGGAGGAAGAGGUAGCAGAGGAGGAGGAGGUGGAGGAUGAGGAGAAAGAGAAAUCCCCCGACACAUAGCAGUUUAUGGACAGCACCUGAUUAACUGUUCUUCUUAGUAAUGACAGAUAAUUAUUUAUAGAAUAUUUUUUGGGUUUUGUGGAGUCUGUCUGUGUUUUUUAUACAUCUAUGUUUAUGGUUCCAAAGCGUGCGCUGCUCUCCACCUUGGCCACUCCUCCUGUCAGCUUUGUUCAGACACGCCCACCGGUACUUCUUCAAGUUAUUUUGCACUCAGGAAAACUCCUUUCCAUUCCCAUUUGUACUGAAGUGGUGUGUCUUUAUUUCACCUCCCCCUUUACGAGCUUAAGUUUAGGACAUGGAUGAACAGUUCGGUCUGCUCAGUGCUGUUCACAUGAUACAUAAAAAUCACUUUUUCCCUCCCUCCGCUUCGUCUCAGCCUUGCCUGAAAGUUUAGCAUCGUUUCUGUGUUUUAUCAAGUGCCCAUACUCUACAGAGACGAUUAUUGGUGCGUUGAAAGGCGACUCUCCCUCUCAGUUAGGUCAUUUCGUCCCCACAAUGAAUUAGGAGGCAUGUUAUUCUGCCUUUCUGCUGAAAACCUGAUGGGAUGCCACAAAGAUGAAAACUGCAGCACACUGGGGAGCUUUUUCGAGACACAUUUCUGAUGUGGAAGUCUUCCUUGAAAACCUGACUGACACAAAGCUCAAAUCUAAACAGCCAUGAUGCUGUCCUAGACCUCUUUAAUUUUUUUAUUGUACUGUAUGUAAGAUUCAGAUAUUUUCUAGAAUUUACUUUUGCAAUCCUAGGCUUUCUUUUGUUAGCAAAGAAGAUGAGAGAAUUUUUGGAAACCAAUGGGGAGAAAUGAGUCACAGAAGGGUAUCUUUACCACUGGGUUACAUUACGAGUGUUCUGAGGUGUUUGCACUUGCUCCAAUAGCAUUUAUACUACUAUUCCCAUGUCACUAUACUCAUAUUUCGUCAGUCCUGUGAUUUGAAAUUUGGAAUUUAUUCAUAAAAACUAUUAUUUUUGGUGAGAGUUUUCACUGAGAAGGAAGCAGAAACCUUCAGUCAAAUGCUUUGCUCUCACUGAAAUUGCUUGUGAUGUGAAUGACGCCUUUAAAUUUUUAUUAUUGUUGCCUGCAGUUCUCUUGAACACAUUCUGAGACAAUGCAAUGCUUUGUAGUUUAUACAAAAAGCACCUUUUUUUAGAUGCUUGAUUAGUGCUCCGAGUAUACAGAAGUAGUAAUGGCGUUAAAAAUUACUGAGUGAUUUUAUACCAAUGUCAUGAAAGCCUUUUAUUUUGUUUGUUGUGCACAUCACCAACGGCUGCAUACCUCCUUGUCUUCAGCCACUUCAUUUUCUUUUGAUCGCUCUGAAUUUAUUUUUCAUCAGAAUAUUUCAUUUUGCCAUUGCAUCAUUAAACCCAGUUGCUGUCUUUGUUUUCGACAAGACAAUCAGCUCCGUCGCGUAGUCAUCAGAUAAGACUAUCCUCUACGUAGAUACUCUAAUGCACUGAUAUACUCAUAUAUCACCUCUUUGAUAUUUUUAAUAUGUUUAAACUCGCCAAAACACACACUCAUGCAUACUUAGGCUUGAACAAUGCUGUCUUACACCUCGGCCAAGAGUCUCUUCCUUUUUCCAUGUUUCUAUCAUUUUUCACUUUACACCUAAUGCUAUUAUUUAUUGGUAUAUUUUUCUAUUCGUUGAGUUGUUUUUGCAAUAUAAAGGUGGUACAGUAAAUAUUUCACUGUAGCAUAGACCACAGUACAGGCUUGCCAGUUACAAUACCCAAAUAUUCUUUUUUUCUCUCUGUGUACAUAAAAUAUAGAAAAUCAACAAAAGGAAAAAAAAAAACAAAAGGAAAAAAAAACACUUGAAAUACUGCACACUGCUUUUUUAAAGAGUGCUUGUUUUAACUAUGUGUCAUUUCAAAACUUUUUAUUUAAUCUUUCAUUUUGUGCCAAUAUUUUCCUCUUUUUUUUCAUCCUCACCCAAUGCCCUUACCUGUAAUAAAAUUUUUCUGGUUUUAUCGCUGUUUACAAACAUAUAUUUAUUGUGCUGUAUAUAAUAUAUAAUUAUUAAUGUUAUUACUAUCAUAAUGCCGUUUGUUGUAAAUGGUUGAUUCUUAUCAUCCCUUUUGGUGAUGGUGUGGCUGUAUUACGUACCUCUUGUUGAGAGAAUGUUUUAUUACACAUGAGCUUCAGUGUAAAAAUGAUCCAUCGACAUGUUGCUUAUCUGAGAACUAGCUCAGUGAAGAGAGGGGGAAAGCCAAAUUGUUUUUUAAAAAGAAACUGUUCCUUGGCCCAUGGGCUGUGCCUUAAAUUCAACGCAUGUCAUUUACUUUAGCCUUUUAUUUCUUUUAUUUUCUAGUUCUCUUUUGCUGCAUCAGUGAAUCUUUUGGCUUGGGUUGGCCUGAUCUCCUGUUGUGAAAAAAAAAGUUGCCUUUAUACUAUCACAGCCAAACACAAUUUGCAUCACAAAUGUGGCACUGGGUAUCAAAUAUGUUGUCAGUGCAGAGGUUUGUAGAGAUUCAGGUCAACUGCAAGUCAUCGAUUCACUGCUUGAGGGAUGUGUGGCCUAUAGCUGGAUGUCCAAGAGUCGCAUUUGCUGUAGACGUGGUCUGAACAACUCGCACUUUCUUUUCACCCUGCCACUACACUCAAAGACAUGACUCAACCUGCUGAAUGUAAACGAUAUGGCAGCAACUUUGCCUCUUUGUGUCUGUGUGGAGUUACUGCAGUGUCGUCUACAUCUGUCUGGUUGUGUCACAGCUACAAACACUGAAUAGGGCGCAACAGGAAUGUGCAGUUGGUGCUCGACCACGGCCUAUGAAGCACAGAGGCUUUGAGACACACCUGCAUGUUCAGCCACUGCUGCAUUAAUUAUGGCUGAAACACUGACAGUGUGUCGCUUAUCUAUGCUGGGCCCACACUUCUACUCACAUUACUUGCAAUACCCAAAACCACUGACAUCUUUCUGCCUGGACAGGAGAAGGGUUUAGUAUAUUUCUGUAGUGAAGGGGGGUUGGGAGGGUGGGAUUAGGGUUUGGGGUGAGUGACAUCACUGUCCCCAAAACAGGGACUCUUAUUUUGACACACAUACUGUAGAUUCUAAACAGCCCUGGACCAAUGGAAACAGUGGGUUCUUUUCUCAUUAUGUGUUCUAUUUUUUAUGGUAUGAAAGGAAAACACAAACUGUAACUUAAAAAAAAAAAAGGUCUUCAGGACAAUUAUUUUUUGGGUUAUGUCUUUAGAAUGCCAACUUGUCUGGACGUUUCACAGGACAAUUAAAAUGUUAUUUUAAUGGAUUCCUUGUUAAUUGCAGUCUAUUGGAUAGCACUGUAGAUCAUACAACUUUAUGUAAAAAACAAAUAAAAAGAAUGAAAAAAAAGUUUUUAUAUGCAAUGGAUUAAAUAAAAGCAUGGGUUGAUUCUGCCUA